AUAACAUUUCAAUAAAAGUAUCUUAUAUAGUAAAUAUAUUAAUACCAUACAUUUUCUUUCAACGAUAGUAGAAGAAAGAUAAUAAAUAACAAUGAACUCGAUCGUAUUUUCAUAUAUUCUGAGCGUAUGUAUGUAGAUGUGGGCAGAAUUGUAAAUCAAUUGUUACCUUGUCUUAUUUGACUAAUCAUUAAAUAACUAAUUAGAUGUCAGAUAAUAUAUAAAACUGUUAGGCAGCAGCAUCGGAUGCGAUCAGCAAUCUAAAACUGGUCGUACAUCGGUUAAAUUUACUGGUAAAGCGGAAUAGUUGUAGGUUAGUAUAUUUUGAUUUAAUUUUGUUAUGUCUACAAUGCCAUGUAACAAAGGCCAUGAAAACGCAGAAAAUUUAAGGAACGCCGGACUAUAGUUGCGAAUAAUUUUUGCAUAAUUACACGAAAUCUUUUCAUGCUGCUUACAAUGAGAACAGAUGAUGCAGUGUAUUUACAUACAUUUGUACAUCUACGAUGAUUUGACAACCAAAGGCUAAUUAAAAAUACAGAACAUAAUAUACAUAAUUAGCUGAAAUGUUACAUAAUCUUAUAAUUUUGAACAUUAUCGAAGGGUCUAAAUUAAAAAUACAACAACUAGAAUCUAAAUUAAAAACUUGAAAUUACCGGAGGAUUUUAAUUAAAAAUUCCUAGAUAUUGAUACACUGAAAAGCUACUUAUAUAGUUAAAUCGUUCGUUAAAAGAUACGCAGCCUAUGCGUAUAAACGAUCUAGCUUUAAUUUUCGAAAUAUCGAGGAACACGCAUUUUUCAUUCGUAAUCCCGAUAGCAGAGAUAGAAAAAGUAUAUCUAUCUCAUAGAUACCGCUUCAGAGAGUGAAAAGAAUUAACGCUAUUCCGAUGUUAGACAGAUAAAAGAUCAAGAUGAAGAAAUCGAGGAAAUAACUCCUAUCGAGAAGCAAAUACUCGAUAGCAUAGAAGCCUUGGACAAAUUAGCCGCAGAAGGCGAUGAAGUGGUUACAGGCAUCAGAGUGGCGAGUGACGCGAAGGAACUGCAAAGACGAAAAGAGAUGCGAGAGAAGAGAGAAAGAUUAUUGGAGGUACUCGAGGAGGAAGAUAAAAAAUGCACGGAGAAAUAUCGCGAGAUUACGGAAAAAUGGCCUGUUAUACUUGCAUCGAAACAUCCGCUGGAUAUUCACGAAGAGUUGGAGAGUCAAAAUGCCAAGUGUCUGGAAAUCUUAGAGAAGAAGGACGCGUUGAUCGCGGAAUUGAAACAAGAACUUGAUAACGCUGAUCUACAGUACGCCGAGGAUGUAAAUAAACAGAACGAGGAGAUUGAUUUGCUUAUCGAAAGGAUGGAAAACCAAAUACGAAUAAUGAGCAAAGCUUAUCGCCGAGAGGUAGAAUUGAUCGAAAGUGUCAUCGAAAUGGAGCGGAAAAUACUUUUGGAAUCUUCUUUGGAGAAGUGGAAUGUAUUAUUUAAGCAGCUCAAUGACGAUACAUUCAACGCGAGGAAAAAAAGGAAGGAGGUAAUGCGCGAGUAUGAAGAGGAAAUGCAGAAAGCGAUGAUACAGCAUCAAGAAGAGUUUAGGAAACAAAAGAUUAUGUUUGAGUUAGAGAUACAGAACCUUCAACAAGAGAUACAGAAUAUGAAAGCCUUCUGUAUGAUGAAUACCGAGAAAUUGGAUUAUAAUUAUGCGGUGCUGAAACGGCGAGACGAAGAGAAUACUAUCGUAAAGAAUCAACAGAAAAGAAAAAUUAACAAGCUUCAGGAUGUUAUUAAUAAUUUAAGGAAGACUUACACAGCACUGGAAGAGUCGACCAGGACGGAAAUUCAAAAGAUCACGAAUCAAAUACUAAAGUCGCAUACAGCUAUAUUAGACUUGGAAGAGAAGUCGAACCAUCUCACAGUCAUCAACGAUAAAAAGUACAUGCAAAUUUGGGACAUGAAUAUCGAAACUGCGAACGAAUUAGUCGAUAAGAUUUUAACGGCAGAUAGAAUUAUACACGAACAAUUGUUAAUAAUGGAGUGGCAACCACCGGAGGUAAAGUUAUUGAAAAAGGAAGAAUUACCGUCGUAUUGCGGAGCGAUGUGUGCCUUGAAAGCAGAACAAGAGGAAGCCAAAAAACGAAAAACAAUAUCUAAAUCAUAUAAACCAACGACUAUCUUAGAAGAAAUUAAUUUAGAACGACGCUUAUUAAAUCAUAUUCUUAAACUAAUUUCCGAACACUGUGAUUACCUUAUCGAAGACACUUUGAAGAAUUUACUCUCCGAUUACACAGAAGAGGAUAAGCUAUUGAUUCGAUUGGAUAAAGCAUUUGAGGCUCUAAAAAUUACAGCCGAAGAAGAACUUCAAUUUUUAUUGAAUUUUUUCUUACCGUAUGCAUAUUGUCCCACGUGUACGGUUAAAACUAUAAGCACACCGAGUGUUUGUGGACAGUCUGCAGAAAUUACGGAAAGUUCUUCGUCCCUAGCCACUAUUUCUGAUGUUUGUGGCAGCGAUACACUUAAUACGAAAGAAGCUAAGUUAGUGGCAGCUAUGGAAGAAGUACUUUGUUGUGAAAAACUACACGAUGAUGGUCAUGAAAGUGACAUUGUUAUGAAUAGAAGCGUUCCUUCGACCGAAACACCGCCUGUUAAUACAGAAGUUGUAUCGACUUGUGUAUCUGAAGGCAUUAUCGAAGUUACUGACACAGAUGGCGAACCAAAACGAUCAUUAACCUGCGAUAAAGGCCAUUUGUUGACAAUUGAAACUGAAUUUGUCUCAAGUGCGUUAAAAGAAUUUGUGGAAAGAUACGAGUUCGUUAAGAAAGAGGUAUCACCUGAUAAAAAAGUAAUUAAAGAGAAAGUCACGAUAUCACGUAAUAUAACGGACGACGAUAUAACUGAUUUUUGGGAACGAUAUAGGAAUAUUUUUCCGAAAGAUAAAGAAAGACUAUGGGAUAAUCUAUUGAUUGGUCUUAAAAAGUAUUAUGAAGUGCUAAAGGAAAGGCAUCAAUUAAAUGCUGAGACGCAAUCGUUACGAAAACAGAAUGCAGAAAUGCGUCGUUUAUUAAGCAAGUAUACCACACAGCCUGAAACUACCAUAACGCAUUGAAAAGAAAACGGAAUUUCGACAACAAAAUUUUUAUGUUGUAGGAUUAAUAAAAAAUUAUUAAUUAUUAUUA